AUGUUUGAUGGAGGAGAAGAAUACUGGUCUUCAGUCGACUACUUUACGAACAUGAAUACAGAGUCAAAGAAGAAAAAGAAGAUCGAGAAUGCACGAAGGUUUAGCGACGAACAAAUUCGAUCAAUGGAAACGAUGUUUGAGUCCGAGACAAAGCUCGAGCCAAGGAAGAAGAUACAGCUUGCAAAAGAGCUUGGAUUGCAGCCUCGACAGGUUGCAAUUUGGUUUCAGAACAAGAGAGCUCGAUGGAAGUCGAAGAAAAUCGAAAAAGAUUACAACAUACUUCUUGCCAACUAUAACAGUCUAGCUUCACAAUUUGAAACCUUAAAAAAGGAGAAACAGGCCUUAGCUAACCAGUUGCAGAAAUUGAAUGACAUGGUGGGCAAAUCAGAAAUGGAAAUUCUGUGUCCUAAACAAGAAAAUCCUGGGAACAGAAUUGAAGGAGAAUCAUCAGUUAAUGGAGAGAACAUGAAAAGUGAUGAAUUUGAAGUCGUUUUGCACACUUUCUUUGCUUUUCCUGUAGAUAACGCAUUGGACAUUUGCUUGGGUACAGACGUAAACCGGGCUGUGGUGCUCGUCUCGGGUUGCUUGUUAUGGGUACUGCGAGCCACAAGCCCCUACGUAGAGCAUGGCCAGGAUAAGGGGACGGGUCGACCUGCAAUACGACCUGAUUGGGACCCGGCUAUCAACAAAAUUUCAUAA